AUGUAUAAUCAAAUAGGUUCUAAUGUAGUGCAAGCACCAUUUGGAGUCAUGAUUCCUGGAUAUUUAAGUUAGACUUAGUUUUUGUUAAAUGGAAACUAUUAUUUGAUGGACAUUCAGAAUGCUUAAUAAGUUCAUUCAAUUGCUCUAUUUUUACUCAACCCAAUACCUGAAGGAUAUGCAGUGUGUUUGUUUUACUCUAGGUAUCCAUUUGAUGGAAUCUCAUUCUUGGGUGCCAUUGCAAAUCAAAGACCAUCAGAUAUUUUCGCUACUUCCUUCAAUUAAAUUUUGACGGAUCAAGACUAAAUAAAAUUGGUUCUUAGUGUCGAACCUAUAAAUGAAUAAAUCACAGAACUAGUACAACUUACAAAUGAUGCUUAAAAUAAGCUAAAGUACGGUUUGACGAUAGCUUAAAACCUUUAUAAUUUCAUGACUGCCUAUAAUAAAGAAGUUGUAAUCAAUGGAUAAGAAGUAGAUGUUUUGAUUACUCCAGCCAAUGUCCUGCAAAUAUGGCUAUAAAAAUUAUAACAAAAAUAUAAAGAAAAUCCAAAUUUUAUUUACAAAACCACUAAGUGA